AUGGCUACUCCUACUUGCGUUCACUCAACUCCUGGGAGGAAACCCGGCACGGUAGAGACAAAUGGCACCCACCGUGGGGCAAGUCAUCACUAUGAUGGUGGUCUAUUCGACAACAAGGUCAUGCCUUAUCGUGGUCUGCUCUCUGAUGUUGGUCUACUCCCAAUGAUGACUGUGGAGCCGCGCACUUGCGCUAUGGUGCAAACGAGAAGAGGGGCAACCGAACGCAUCGACGCGCCUGGAGGAGAGGACGGAAGUCCGAUAUCUCCAAGUCAGGUGUCGGGUAACACUUCGCGGCACGACAUGUCCCCUCGUGGCAGCGGACAGUCGCGUACCGGAGUGGUGGCCGUCGUUGCUGAAGAAGCUCAAUCCGAGAGGAUCGGCCAGAAGGCCAUCGACGACUUCUUGUCCGGAUUGGACGGAGAAGUGCGAGCUCAGAUCUAUGGUUCGUUAGAGGAACCGAGAUACUUACCAAAGCCCGAACAAGCGGUCUCUAUGGGUACUCUGUCUUUACUCGAGAAGACUAUGGGCCAGUCAUACAACUGUUGGCUUACCCUGGCGAACGGCCUGAAAGGGCAUGCUGGGGAACGCUAUGGUCUAGACCCCCGCGGAUUUGUGAAAAGCUGGGGUUUGUUCGCCUGGGCUCAUUCCCCAGCGUCCAAGUGGACUGGUGUCGUGACGAAGGAAGAGCCGGCUGAGCACGGGGAAGCACAGCGCAUGGGAUGCGCAUGGUUCGACGAAGUUCAACGUUGCUUAACUCUAUGCCGAGCAUCCCUCGGUGCCCAGCUGAUCGUCUGGGUUGCUCUCCUACCUUCCCAAUUGACUCUGUCACUCCGGCAGACUCUGCUCGACAUCUGCAAAAACGAAGAUGCCAAUAGAGAUACGGCUCUCGUUUGGACAAAGUGGGUCCACUGGGAUGGUAAAUCCGAGAAAGAGAACGUCAAAGUCGACUACCUCGCUUGGACUGAAUUACUGGGAGGCUGGUUGAAGCAAGUACUCGACGUAGCGAAUGAGCACUUUCGACCACGACCAUCUCUGGCCAAAGCUAUGGCUCUCUGGUCUGGUCUCAAGAUCGCCGCUGACGAGGCUCUUGAGGUAUUCCUGCAGAAGGAAGACGAGCUAUGGCUCAUCUUACAUGAGCAUAUGCAAGGUGGCUCUAUCAGAUGGGAGCAUCGUCGUGAGAGAAUAAUCUCGGCUAUGAUGACAUGUCCUUCGUGGCGUCCGGCUAUCCAAAACUCCCUGGAGAUCCUCGAAGCGGCGUCUGACUAUAGAUCGUUCAGGACGCGGCUCCUGUUGGAGCGCAAACUCGGCCUCAAGAAGAAGAUCCUUCCGAGAUUUGAAGCUCGGAGGACAACUCCAGCUUCUACGGCUGAGCAGACUUUUGCUGGCCCUGAAUGGGCUACAGACCAGGAUCCCCACCUCCCCGAGUACCACAGGGUAUCAGAACUCCGCCGUCAAGGUCAGGGCUCAGUAGCAACAGCAACUACCCCGGCUGACGAUACCAGAACUGACGGGGAAGCCCAAAAGGUGAAAGAGCGCGAUCGCAAGGAGAAGAGGUGUUACAAGUGUCACAAACCAGGCCAUCGGGCCCGGGAGUGUGGUAAACGUGGUCAGCGUAAGAAGCAGACUGACGACGUCAGGAAUGACGGUACCAGACUCAGGCCCUCCUCUUCUGCGACUGCUGAUGAUAUGAUCGUUGAAGAUCCGGUGCUCGAAGAGCCGUCUGCUGACUCGAGGAUCGAUAACUACGGCGAGUCCGUGGUGGAAGCGAAGUGCGAUGACCCACAGUGUGCUUCGCAUGGGAAUGCAGCCACAACGGGAUCGCUAUCAUCAAGUGCUCUCACCGUGGCAUCUACCUCUGAAAGACGGACUGCUGUGGCCAACGGCGUACCUAUCCUGAUCAAGAGUGAUCUCAAGGGCACCGACAGUUAUGCAUAUGUCUUCGACUUCUCCGACCCCUCCCACAACGGCGAGUUGAUGAUAAUCAGGGUCUACGACCAUGCUGGACGUCCGUUCAAUGCUCUCCUGGACUCUGGCAGCGAAGUCACCCUGGUUAGUGCAGAUAAGGCAACAAGCCCUUGCACUCGCAGAAAUUGUGUCCGUGAAGGCAUCACUAUAGUGGGUGUUGGCGACAAGCAUACUCUAACCACACCGGUUGACCUAUUCCUAGCAAUGUCUAAGAAUGGACCCUUGGUACCAGUUGAGGCCUCCUUAUCCCCGGGAUUGCCUCGUGAAGUCGAUGCCAUCCUGGGUAUUGGGGCAUUGCGACUGCUGCGGUGGAGCGUAGAUCCUCUAAAGGGGGUGGUAACACUGAGAACCCCCCUGCAUGUCUGUACCAAGGCUAUGUCUAAGGUUAACACCGUGGCACCAAAACAGACUCUGUUCGCCGCCAGGAUCCAAGUGAAGCAGGAGGAUCCUCCGAUAAAGCAUAGAGGUUUCCCCAUUGCCCCUAAUCGUCUGCGGGCAGCUCGGGAUACCAUUGAUCAGUUGGUGGAUGAAGGCAAGAUCGAACUCUUGACCCCUUCCCAAGUCCUGGAGCCCUCACAGUGGAUAAGCCCGGUGUUCUUGAAGCGUAAGGCCACGGCCCCCGGUGAGGACGUCAAGUACCGUAUCCUCAACGAUCUCAGACAAGUCAACACCAGACUGAUGAUUCACUCUUACCCUGGCGACGGGAACGUUCCACUAUUGGUGAACCAGAUCCCUCGCUGGUGCAAGGCAUAUGCAUGCCUAGACAUCAGCAGCGCCUUUCACUGUGUCCCAUUGGAAAAGCCCUCUAGACGUUAUCUCGGGGGUGUCCUAGCGGGGGUGUACUUCCGAUGGUGUGUACUACCACAAGGACUGGGACUUUCUCCUUAUUGGUGGGCCAAGUUUAUCCGCGAUGUCCUCAGCCGAUCCGGCAUAUGUGACAAGUUUGCAGGUCGUGUCAUCAUUCUCAUCUACGUGGAUGAUGUGUUGCUUGGAGGGCGAAAUAUCGAGGACGUUCGCGAAGCUUAUCACGAGCUAUGCAAAAUACUUCUCGCCGCUGACAUUCCCCUGAACCAGGCCAAGUCCAAGCUGCCUACCACGACCCUUGACUUCGUUGGUUUACAUCUAGAUGCUACAGGUUGGGGUCCCACGCUUAGCGCGAUGGAAGCGCUAGAAGCACUCCCGGCACCGCGGUCUCGCGAAGAAUUGAUGUCAGUCCUGGGAACGGUCAACUAUCUCCGACAUGCCUAUGACCCGGCUGACCUCCAGAUCAAUCUGGCGCCACUACAGCUGCUUCUGAAGAAGCACGCUCGCUAUCAGUGGGAUACCGCUCAAGAGUCUGCCUUCCACUGGUUGAAAGGAGCAUUGAAGAACACCGUCUUCUCGUUUCAACCUUUGGACGAACCACUAUAUGAGCACGAGGGUUGGGUGGUUCAAAGCGAUGCCUCUGACCUCGGUAUAUCGUUUGUGCUCUGGCGGUGUAAGCUCGACCCCGAACUCAAGUCCGGUGAGAUCUCCCCAAGUUACCUUAGUCAGCAUGGUGUCAUUGUGGCCGCCAGUGGCAGGAGACUCCGAGGAGCCGAAGUUAACUAUGCCACGUUCGACGCCGAGGGUCUUGCAGUCGUCGAGGCACUGAAGAAGUUACGACCUUACCUCCUCUUACCAACCCCUUCGGGUGGCUAUCCGAGGACAGUCGUGCAAACUGACAGUAACGCCUCAAAGUGUCGAUUCACUGCUGUACCCACCUUCGAGGACUUCACGCAGAAUCCGGUCCGCUUCAAGCGCUGGUGUCGAUGGGCUGAAGCUAUUGGGGACCUGUUCCUCAAUCCUGGUCUGGAAUUGGUCCACAUUCGAGGGGACAGCAAUCACCUGGCUGAUCUCUUUUCACGGGUCCUUCAGGAUUGCCCCAGCGACGAUAUUGGCGUUUACGCUGUGGAAUCGGGGGUGAUGGGUGCGGAUGAUGAACUAGAGGACUCCUGCUCCUGCUGCUCCGAGUUUGGUAGCCCCAACGAGGACGAGGUUCGGCACAUGGUUAUGGCUGUUGAGGCCCCCGACGAGGUCCCACUGGAGCUCCAGCAACUCCACCGAGCCAAUAGGAUCGAGGCCGACGGUAGUGCACUCAUCUACACUGAUGCCAAAGGAAGGCGCAGAACGUAUGUCCCGGAAGAGAGGAGAUCGUCUGCAUUGGAUUCGGCGCAUGGUCCUGCCCAUGCCAGUGCAGAACGGACCGAGAGGGACCUAAUUGAGUCUUCUCUAUGGUGGCCUCGUAUGGGUAAGGACGUUGGCUUAUUCGUUCGGUCGUGCUUGGAAUGUGCUCGCCAUUCUGCUUCCAAGGCGGCGCUACGGCCCCGCCAUGAACUUCAACCUACCCUUUCAAGUGUAUCCGAGGAGAACGAGAGGUUCUCAUCUGUGGCAAUCGAUCAUUGCGGUCCUCUACCUGGCACAUCUGGGUCGUUGGUGCUGAUUAUGGUCGAUAUGGUUACCGGCUGGCUGGAGGCCACGAUUGUACCAAACAAGUCAGCGAGGUGCACGGUCGACGCUCUCUAUCAAGCUUGGGUGUGUCGAUGGGGGUGGUUUAGACGUUUACAUAGCGACAACGACAUGGGAUAUCGGUCAUCUAUUGUGGAAGAACUCUGUGCGCGGUAUAAGGUGCGACAUACCUUCUCUCCCCCAAGGUGGCCCCGUGCCAAUGGAUGUGCCGAAGCCGUGGUGAAGGAGUUGAAGGUGGUGAUAUCUAAGACAAGCAAAGGCCUACAGAAACAGGGUUAUGAUGUGGCCACCCUCGUGGCUGCAACGGUCUUCCUUCACAAUUCGAGUCGCGUGGUCGGUCUCCCCUGCAGUCCCUUCGAGGCCGUCACCGGAGCUAAACCACGCACUAUGUCCUCCUUCGCAUCCACCACAUGUAGCUCUUACGGUCCGGUUGACGUAGCUAAGCUGGAGGCCACGGUGAACCUGAUGAAGAGUGCGAAGGAGUCUCUACGGCAAAAAUGGCGUGACUAUGCAAAUAGAAGGGCUUCUCACCACCACGGCCUAUCGUAUGGCAACGAUGUUACUAUGGGUGUACUGGUAUUCGUCGUCAGUGAUCACUCCCUCAAAGGUCGCCAGGUAUCGGGGCCUUUUCGAGUAUCUCGCGUUGAAGGCGCUCGAGCAUGGAUCAAUGGUGAGUCCAGCCCGGUGUCUGUGGGUCAGUGCAUCGUGUAUCAACCCGAUUACCGGUUCGUGGAUGAGGCCUCGGUUGAAGCAGCUUCUGCAUUGGAGGUAUCGUUCGAGAGCCUGAAUAUUGGCGAUGCCGUGUUCUACUGCGUCAUUGACUCCGCUCCUGUUGGGCCCCCGACCAUGGCGCUAGACUUCGGUACUGUUGCUCGUUUGCCAGCGGGUGAUCGAGUCCUGGUCGAGCCGUAUUAUAGCUCGAAUGGGUUGCGAUGGCAGCGCAGAGCUCCUCGUGAUCGUUACCUCAAGGAGGUCACCCGUCCCUCUGUCAAGAUUACUCGUAAGUCAACCCGCGCCGUGGUCGACUCUGAUGGACACCUCAUGCCUGACGUCAUCGAGAUGAUUAGGGAGCGAGGAUGGCCCAUUCCUGACGAAGAUGUUAAAUAG